CGGACAGGAAGCAUCUCAAGGAUUACCAGGCUCUAAAUGGGUUUGGGCUGCGGUAUUCUAAAUUAACAAUGAUUAAGAGCAACUAGGUAAAGAAUUCUCUAACGGAGAAAUCAAAAUUCUGCUUUCAAGCCAUUCAGAGUGAGCUGAACAAUCGGAUGCAAGCACUCGCGUUUUCAUCAUGGAGAAGCAGGAGAGAAAUCACCCAAACAGGCAAGUGAUUCCUUUCCUUUUUAUGCUGCUGUGGGAUCAGGUUCUAACGAUGCCUACUCGGUACUCUGUCCUGGAGGAAACAGAAAGCGGCUCCUUUGUAGCCCAUCUGGCCAAGGACCUGGGUCUGAAACCUAGGGAUCUGACUGCCAGGUCUGCACGGGUGGUUUCUGACUAUGACAAACAGCAGUUGAUUCUGGAUCCCGAGACUGGAGAUCUGCUUCUGAGGGAGAAACUAGACCGGGAAGAGCUCUGUGCUUCUGUGGACCCCUGUGUGUUGCAUUUCCAGGUGUUUCUAGAAAAGCCAGUGCAAUUUUUUCAAGGAGAAUUACUGAUCCAGGACAUAAAUGACCACUCACCAGAAUUCCCAGAUAGGGAAAUGCUUUUGAAAAUACCAGAAAACAGCCAGCCAGGCACUCUGUUACCACUGAAUUUAGCCCAAGAUUUGGAUGUGGGCAGCAAUGGGCUUCAACAGUACACAGUCAACCCCAACUCUCAUUUUCAUGUCCUCACUCGAAAUAAUAGUGAAGGCAAGAAAUACCCAGAAUUGGUGCAGGACAGAGCCCUGGACAGAGAGGAGCAGGCAGAGCUGAGCUUGACCCUCACAGCUCUGGAUGGGGGCUCUCCACCUAGGUCAGGAACAGCCAUGGUUCGAAUCCUGAUCCUGGACAUCAAUGACAAUGCCCCUGAAUUUGUGAAGACCCCCUAUGAGGUGCAGGUCCUGGAGAGCAGCCCCCCAGACUCCCCGGUCCUGACUGUCCUAGCACGGGAUGCAGAUGCUGGCAACUUUGGGAGAGUUUCCUAUGGCUUGUUCCAAGCAUCAGAUGAAGUUCAACAGACUUUCUCAAUAAACGACAUCACAGGAGAAAUACGACUGAAAAGAGCACUGGAUUUUGAGAAAAUAAAAUCUUACCAUGUGAAAAUCGAGGCCACGGAUGGAGGAGGCCUUUCUGGGAAGGGCGCUGUGCUGAUAGAGGUGGUGGAUGUGAACGACAAUGCCCCAGAGCUGACCAUAUCUUCAGUGACCAGCUCAGUCCCAGAAAAUGCUCCCGUAACUGUGGUAGCUAUCUUCCGAAUACGAGACAGAGACUCUGGAGAGAACGGGAAAAUCAUUUGUUCUCUUCCAGAUACUCUGCCAUUUAUUUUAAAACCCUCUAAUAAGAAUUUCUACACCCUGGUGACAGAGGGGCCACUGGACAGAGAGAACAGAGCUGAGUACAACAUCACCAUCACAGUCAGCGACCUGGGCACACCCAGGCUCACAACCCAGCACACCAUCACAGUGCAGGUGUCUGACGUCAACGACAACGCCCCCGCCUUCAAUCAAAGCUCCUACACCCUGUUUGUCCAGGAGAACAACAGCCCCGCCCUGCACAUAGGCACCAUCAGCGCCACAGACUCAGACUCAGGCUCCAAUGCCCACAUCACCUACUCACUGCUGCCCACCCAUGACCCGCAGCUGGAUCUCUCCUCGCUCAUCUCCAUCAAUGCCGACAACGGGCAGCUGUUCGCGCUCAGGGCGCUGGACUAUGAGGUCCUGAAGACCUUCGAGUUCCGCGUGGGCGCCACAGACCAAGGCUCUCCCGCGCUCAGUAGCCAGGCGCUGGUGCGCGUGCUGGUGCUGGAUGCCAAUGACAAUGCGCCCUUCGUGCUCUACCCUCUGCAGAACGCCUCUGCGCCCUACACAGAGUUGCUGCCCAGGGCGGCAGAGCCUGGCUACCUGGUCACAAAGGUGGUGGCAGUGGAUCGAGACUCUGGCCAGAACGCCUGGCUGUCGUUCCAGUUGCUCAAAGUCACGGAGCCAGGGCUGUUCAGCGUGUGGGCUCACAAUGGCGAGGUGCGCACCUCCAGGCUGCUGAGUGAGCGCGAUGCGCCCAAGCACAGGCUGCUGCUGCUGGUCAAGGACAAUGGCGAUCCUCCGCGGUCUGCCAGUGUCACUCUGCAGGUGCUGGUGGUGGAUGGCUUCUCUCAGCCCUACCUGCCUCUGCCUGAGGCGGCGCGCGACUCUGUGCAGGACAAUGAGGAUUUGCUCACACUCUAUUUGGUCAUUGCCUUGGCGUCUGUGUCUUCUCUCUUCCUCUUGUCUGUGCUGCUGUUCGUGGGGAUGAGGCUGUGUAAGAGGGCCAGGGCGGCCUCUCUUGGUGGCCGCUCUGCUCCCGAGGGUCACUUUCCUGGACACCUGGUGGACAUCAGUGGCACGGGGACCCUGUCCCAGAGCUACCAGUAUGAGGUGUGUCUGACCGGGGACUCUGGGACUGGUGAGUUCAAAUUCCUCAAACCCAUGGUCUCCAACCUGUUGCUUCAGGAUGCUGGGAGAGAAGUUAAGGAAAGUCCCCAUUGCAGGGAUAGCUUUGUCUUCAGCUAAGUGUUGUCAAUUCCUAGACAUUGUCAUUUUAAGAAAUGUCCUUGUUUCUAAGAGGUUUUCUACUAGUCUAACCUACAUAUUCUUAAUUGCGCUGUUUUUAUUGGUAUGAAGCUAUUAGGCUUUUAGUCGUACUAAUCACAUUUUAUCUUUUUCUCUGCAUAUGUAUAUCUACUAUUAGGGUUAUUAUAAACCUAAAUAACCCAAAUAGUAUAAAUUUUCUUUGAAUGAUAGCUCUUUUUAAAAGGCUUAUUCUUUUAUAAUAGAUACAGCUUUUUGACUGCAUGCCACAAGAGGGCACCAGAUCUCAUUAUAGAAGGUGGUUGUGAGCCACCCUGUGGGGGCUGGGAAUUGAACUCUGAACCUCUGAAAGAGCAGCCAGUGCUCUUAACCUCUGAACCAUCCAUCUCCCCAGUUCUCUGAGUGAUACUCUUAGUGAUCGUCUGAGGCAUUUUAGUGCCCUCAAGAAAACUUGCAUUUGUGCAUGAAUUUGUGGCACCUGUGCUUUCCAUGUAAUUUGAUGUUUUCAAAGGUAGAUUGUUAAAGAUCACUUAAGUUGCCUGGAUCCUUCUGCAUGAAUAGAAAGUAACGUUACAUCGUGUUCGCUUUCAGACCAAGUGCCCUGAAUAGUCAAGUCAUAAAAUUUCAACUGUAUGUGAAUGUAGACAGGGGUUGUGACACUCUCUGCUUGUGAACAUCAUGCACGCUAGUGGUCUUGUUUAUUGGUUGCAGGUGUCCUGGAAAUACUAAGGUUAAAGUUUUGAAUUCUUACGUGAUAAAAAUUAAAGAGAAAAUAUAAAUUAAUUUCUCAUUUCACUUAUUAAAUAAAAUUGUUGCCUCACUGCUUUGCCAUAAUCUCUUUUAAUAAUUAAUCUCAGAAUCAGAAUUUUGUCCUUUCUUUCUUAAAAGGAAAAUGCAGGGCUCUUGAGGGCCUCACAUUUAUCUUUUUCUUUCCUCAUACAAAGAAAUCCAAGCAUGGGGUAAUGUGUGUGUGUUUCCUGGAAGCUUCUCGACACCUUUAAAAUGAAUUUUUUUUGAAAUUUGGUUAUUCUGUUUGAUUCCGUUUAUUAACAGAUCUGAAAUUUUUCACUUUUUGUUACUUGGUGGAUAUCGGUAGAGUUUAUCAAGCAGCAAAGAUUACUUUUGGUGUUAAAUCAUUUUGUUUUGUUGU